CCAGGUCGGUGUCUUUUCUCCAACGUGGAUCUCUAUAAAUUGCCCUCUUGGCCACCUGGGAGAGGCUUGAAGGAACGAGUGCUCAGUGCAGUCUUCUGCUCCCUCUUUCCUUCUCUUCUUCGUGGUCGUUCGUUUCAUUGUCUCCUUCUUCCGUGUCGGUUACCUCUUUGAGUUGACCUGGAAGCUGAGUGCUGAGGAAGAUUCCGAUCGAAACGGAAAGCGGAGAGAGAAGAUGACGGGAAGCCCAACGAGAAGCGGCGAUGUCGCCGGAAACGGUAACGGCACGGUGAAGUUCCUUUGUAGCUACGGGGGCAGGAUCCUCCCUCGUUAUCCCGAUGGCAGGCUACGAUACGUAGGCGGGGAGACUAGGGUGCUGUCCGUCGACCAGUCCAUAACUUUCGCAGAGCUGGCGGUUAAGCUCGGGGAGAUGUCCGCCGAGCCCUCCGUGAUCAUCAGGUGCCAGUUGCCGACGGACGAUCUAGACGCCCUGGUCUCUGUCUCCUCCGACGAGGACGUCCGCAAUCUGAUCGAGGAAUACGAUCGGUUCAACCAGGGAAAGGCGACUCCCUUGAAGGUCAGAACCUUCCUCUGGCCCCGUAGGAGCAAACCCGAGGCCCCGCCUUCUCCUCGUCCCUCUCUGAAGAUCGCCGACGCCGGGAAGGCCCACAGACCAGCGGGAAAAGUGCUCCCUCCGAAUAGACCAGUGGGAAAAGUGCUCCUUCCGAUAGACGCGUGCGGAUGCUGCGCUUAUCCGAUCGUUUUCCCGGCUAGGGCUUGCAGGAACCAGCAGAACUGGCGCCGCCAUCCGGGUCCCCGCCCGGUCGUUGGAUUCGGCGGCUCCGCUGGUUAUACGCGCAGAACGAUACAUGCGCCACUGCCGUACUCCGCUCCAAUCCCUCCGAGAAAUCUAUACGCGGUUCAUAACGGCAACUACUGGCAAUAAUCCCAUACUUUCGGCGCCUAAAAUAACUUGGAAAGGAACAUCGUUCCCCUAAAAAACACACCGGAGAGCAAGAAUCCCUCCUAGAAAAAACAAAACAAAAAAAAAGAAGAAAAUCCCAAAAAAGGGAAAGGUAGAACAGUGAGGGAAGCCGAUUCCAUUCCAUCAAUCUGUAUCGUUUUUUAUUUUUUUGUUUUUUGAACAGUGUAUCACACAAACUGUGAAAACGUGAUGGAGAUGCUUGAAAGGAUCGCA